AUGGCGACGCCCGCCGCCGCCGCGCCGGCCCCACCGAACCCUAACCCCGUCCCCGACGACCCGCCGCUGCAGCACCAGCAGGAGGACGAGGAAGAGGCGCCGGAGCCGGAGACGGUGCCGACGUCCCUUACCACUUCAAUCGACCCCACCCCCUCUGGCGGCGAGGAGAGCGAGAGCGAUGACUCCUCGUCCGUCUCGUCGGCUCCCUCCUCCGCUCCCGCCCCCGCCCCCGCCCCCGUGGCCGCGGCCGCGGCGCCCUCCCCCGCUGCGAAGGACCUUCUCCACAUCUCCUUCAACCAGGACUACGGCUGCUUCGCGGCGGGCACCAAGUCGGGCUUCCGCAUCUACAACUGCGACCCCUUCCGCGAGAUCUUCCGCCGGGACCUCGCCGCCGUGGGCGACGGCGCUACCGGCGCCGGGGGAGGGGGUAUCGGCGUCGUCGAGAUGCUGUUCCGCUGCAACAUACUCGCGCUCGUCGGCGGCGGCGAUAACCCGCACUACCCGCCCAACAAGGUCAUGAUCUGGGACGACCACCAGAGCCGCUGCAUCGGGGAGCUCUCCUUCCGCUCCCCCGUCCGGGGCGUCCGCCUCCGGCGCGACCGCAUCAUAGUGGUCCUCGAGUACAAAAUCUUCGUCUACAACUUUGCGGACCUUAAGCUCGUGCACCAGAUCGAGACGGCGCCCAACCCCAAGGGCCUCUGCGCCGUGUCGCAGCAGCCUGGGUCUAUAGUGCUUGUUUGCCCCGGUGCCCAGAAGGGGCAGAUUAGGGUGGAACACUAUGGGGCGAGGAAGACCAAGUUUAUCAAUGCACACACUUCCCGUGUCGCGUGCUUCGCGCUGUCGCAGGAUGGGAGGCUCAUUGCAACUGCUAGCACCAAGGGAACGCUUGUUAGAAUCUACAAUGCAGCUGAAGGCAAUCUCCUGCAGGAAGUAAGGAGAGGUGCUGAUAGAGCAGAAAUAUAUAGCUUGGCUUUCUCGAAUAAUUUGCAGUAUUUGGCUGUCUCCAGCGAUAAAGGAACAAUACAUGUGUUCAAUUUAAAGAUAAAUGUGGGAUCGACUGCAAAUGAUAAGCCUAUGCCUGCUCCAGAUCCUGAAGUUCCCCAUAUAAGCCCCCCUCUUUCGUUCAUUAAAGGUGUGUUGCCGAAAUAUUUCCACUCUGAGUGGUCAGUAGCUCAAUUCAGGCUCCAUGAGGGUGAGCAGUAUAUUGUUGCAUUUGGACAUGAGAAGAAUACUGUGGCAGUUGUUGGUAUGGAUGGAAGCUUCUACAGAUGCCAAUUUGACCCAGUUAACGGAGGAGAAAUGCUGCAGCUGGAGUGCUACAAUUUCCUAAAACCAACGGAUCAACCGUAG